AUGGCACUUAUAGAUGCAUGUCCCAAUACUAGUUUAGUGCUUUCAGCACUUUUUUUCGGAAACGCUUCAGCAUUUUUCGAUUUUAUAACACUAAGAACCAGAGAACCUAUUAAAAUUACACCAAAAUCUAGGCAUAAUAUUCCUAAUAAUUAUAUUACCCAAAGAUUGGACCAUUUUAACCCUAGAGAUAACAGAACAUGGCAAAUGAGAUAUCUCUCCAACGACGAGUUUUUCAAACCUGGUGGCCCUAUAAUGUUAUACAUUGGUGGUGAAUGGACUAUAAAUGAUGGGUCCUUAAUGGGUGGCCAAGUUUACGAUAUGGCCAAACAACAUUCUGGAUACAUGUUUUAUACUGAACACAGAUUUUAUGGAUUUAGUCGACCCACAGAAGACACUUCAGUAGAGAGCUUGCAAUUUCUGAACGUUGAUCAAGCUUUGGCAGAUUUGGCAUAUUUUGUUAAACAUAUUAAGAAAACUAUUCCAGGUCUCGAACAUAGUAAAGUGGUUGCAAUUGGUGGUUCCUAUGCUGGAAGUAUGGCGGCUUGGUUCCGAUUAAAAUACCCACAUUUGGCGGACAUGGCUUUAGCCUCCAGUGCUCCAAUGGUGGCAGUAGCCGAUUUUAAAGAAUAUUUAGAAGUUGUGGGUACAGCCAUGAGUUCUCUCAGUGGCAUGAGAUGUUAUGAAGUUGUCCAAAAAGCUACCCAACAAAUCAGGAAAGCAUUUCAGGGACUUGCUGGUGUUGAAGUUGUUGCCAAAACUUUCAAUCUUUGUCCUCCAAUAGAACCAGAUUCACCAUUGGAUUUUGCCAACUUUUUCUCAACAAUAGCAAAUGCAUUUUCUGGAACUGUACAAUAUCACGAGCCAGGAGAUGUUGAAAGUGUUUGCAGAUUUUUGAACGCUGAAGCCAGUAAUAGUUCAGAAAUGGCAACUUUGGCAAAAUUCCUUAGAACCAAAUGGGUUUUGAGGAAUGACUCCUGGAUGCAUCAGGCUUCAGUUGGAGGAUUAAGACAAUGGAUUUACCAAACCUGCACCGAAUAUGGAUAUUUCCAAACUGAUAAAUCCAUCAAACAACCCUUUGGAAAUGGAGCAAAUACUCUAAAAUAUUAUGAAGCUCUAUGUGAUCAAACUUAUGGACAUGGGUUCGUCGGAAGUAGCAAUCAAGUUUUACAUAAUGGCAUCAACAGAACAAAUAUAGUUUAUGGUGGCCUAAAACCAAAAUUAACAAAAGUGAUUUUCACACAUGGUACAAUUGAUCCUUGGCAUGCAAUUGGAGUUUUGCAGGAUUUGAAUGAAGAUACACCGACUAUAAUAGUAACAGGUACUUCUCAUUGCCAAGAUUUGGAAUCCAUAUCAGAAAAAGAUUUGCCUCAAAUGAAAGCAGCAAAAUUGCGGGUGCAGCAAUUGAUAAGCAAAUGGCUCUCAGAAUAA